GUGUCGAAGACUUCGAGAAGCGCUGAGAGCCUCGCAAUUGGCACAUUUUGUAUACUUCUGGGGUCCGCUUUGAGCGGUCUCGGUGGUGCCAUUGUCGAGUGGACGCUGCAGCGGAAGCGGCGGGACAGUUACCUGUUUAGCUCAGAGAUGGGCAUCUUGGGAUGCGUGAUCAUCGUCAUCACCCACCUGAUGAAUGCCACUCCGGGAGACGAAGGACUCUUCCAGCGGUGGACUCCACGGACCUUCAUACCCGUGAUAUCCCAGGGAUGGGGCGGCAUUGUCGUGGGCCUCAUUGCAAAGACCUCAGGCAGCGUGAAGAAAGGAUUUGCGGUGAUGGUCGGACUGAUUCUGUCCUGUGUGCUGAAGUGGCUGGUGGACGGCGAGUCUCUCCAUUGGUCGACGAUCGUAGCAGUUCCGCUGGUAGCCACGAGUAUAUAUCUGCACGCCAAGUAUCCGCCGCCGAAGACGCCUGCAAAGCAGGUGUAG